GUCCUUUUUGACACCGCUCGGCCUCCGUUAUACCGGAAGAGGCGGCACCCUGCACAUCUAUUUCCGCUUUGAGGCGAGAGGACAGCUCUCAUUGAGGAAGGACACUGCGGCUUGCGUGGAGGUGCUGAAAAAAAAAUCAACAUGUCGGCCGGAUUACUCGCCAAACCUCAGAUGAGAGGCCUUCUGGGCAAACGCUUACGAUUUCACAUUAUUGGAGCCUUCGUCGUCUCUCUCGGGGUUGUUGCUCUGUAUAAGUUCGGUGUUGCAGAGCCAAGGAAGAGGGCUUACGCAAACUACUACAAGAACUUCGAUGCCAUGAAGGAGUUUGAGGCCAUGAGGGAAGCAGGAGUCUUUCAGUCUGCGCCACCAAAAGGAAAAUGAACAAGAAAGGACUUGACGUGGAUGGGAUCCUUGGAAGCGGGCUUCAGUGCUGGACAUACUUGAUAUAAAACCGUAAAUAAAAUAUUGUCAACCUCCA